AUGCGUAGAGCCCAACCCAUAAGGAAUCUUCUCACCUACACGGGAGUGGAAUGGGAGAAUAAAGUGUACCAGAUGGAUCCCGCCGGACGGGACGCCUGGUUCGACGACAAGAAGGACGGACUCGGUCUGGAGUUCCCCAAUUUGCCGUACUAUUUAGACGGGGACGUGAAGCUGUCGCAGUCGCUUGCCAUCCUCCGCCAUCUGGGAAGGAAGCACGGCCUCUACGGGCAGACGGAGGAGGAGCAGUGUCGACAGGACAUGGCCGAACAGCAACAGGGGGACCUCAUGAUGGCCAUGGGGCGAGCCGUUUACCUCGCUUUCACUCCUGAGACCAAAGCCAAGUAUCUGGAGGAGGCUCUUCCGAUGCAUUUGAAGCUCUUCACGAAAUUCAUCGGCAGUCGCAGCUGGCUCCUUGGCGAUCGUUUGACAUACGUGGACUUCCUGUGGUACGAAAUCUUGGAUUGGCAACUGUAUCUGGACCCAGAUUGCUUGAAUGACUUCCCGGUCGUCCGUGACUUCAUGGACCGAUUCGAGAACCUCCCGAACGUCAAGGAGUAUUUGAAGUCGGAUAAGUUUCAGAAGUGGCCCCUCUUUGGCCCCAUGGCCCUGUGGGGACACAAGGAAGAAGGGAUGAAGCUUCGAUUCCCCGAUGGAUGAAUCCUCCCGAUCCUUUCCUUCCUUUCAUUCGUCUCGAUAUGAAAGCACGUUAUUCGUCUCGAUAUGGAAGCACGUUAUUCGUUUCGAUAUGAAAGCACGUUAUUCAUCCUGAAG